UCGCCAUUCCAGGGCAUCGCAAGGCCCAUAGCUCGUAUAAUUUGUGCUACGUGCUCAAUGGUAUAAGAGAAGGAAGCCCUCAUCCAAAGAGAGCUAGAGUCCAGCGGCAAACUUUUCAGUAUCUCCAUCAUGUAUCUUUCUUCGUUCGCGAUCGGUUUGUGUAUGCUGCUAUGCACAGCCCUUUCAGCCUCCCAGGAGGCCGGCAAAAAGCACAAUGUUGUCUUCAUUCUCACCGACGACCAAGACGCGCGCAUGAACUCCCUCGACCACAUGCCAAAAGUACAGAAGCUACUCAUCAAGGAAGGAACAUGGUACACCCGACACUACGCGCCAACAGCACUAUGUUGUCCCGCACGUGUUAGCAUAUUGACUGGCCUACUUGCACAUAACCACAAGGUCACCUCUGUCAGUGGGCCUUGGGGCGGCUGGCACAAGAUCCACGAUGAAGGGCUGAACUCCAAGUAUCUUCCCAUCUGGCUGGGGAAUAAUGGAUAUCGGACUUAUUACACUGGGAAACUGUAUAACGGGAUGGAAAAGAAAUUAGUCGAGAAAACCACGGCAAGAGGGUGGACGAAAGCUGACCUCUUAGUUGGCGGCCAGACGUACCAAUACUACAAUCCGCCAUUCCAGCAUAUUACCAGAGACAACUGGGAUAAUCCGGAAAAGAUCAAUACGUCCUUCGAGGGGGAGUACAGCACCGACAAAGUGGCUGAAUACGGAUAUGGAUACCUCCACGAGGCUCUCCAACAUGAUGAUCCAUUCUUUGUGGCAAUCGCUCCGAUCACGCCGCACAGCCAAGUGGGCCACAAUCCGCAACCGCCAGUACCAGCGCACAAAUAUAACGGCACGCUUUCGGGUUUGGAAGUCCCACCCGCGGAGAACUUCAACCCUGCGAACAGGUCCGGAGUAAACAUCGUCUGGCAGCUCGAUCGCCUCAACAAGUCCCAGGAGCACAUGCUUCACCACAACUACCAGCGCCGCACCGAAGCACUCCUAUCGGUAGAUGACAUGGUCGAGCGCAUCGUCAACAUCCUGGACAACGCGAACCAGCUCGAAAACACCUACAUCAUCUACAGCAGCGACAACGGCUUCCACCUCGGGCACCACCGGCUCGGCCCGGGCAAGAAAUACGCGUUCGAGGAGGAUAUCAACGUGCCCCUGAUCAUCCGCGGGCCGAACGUUCCCAAGAACAGGAAAACGGACGUCGUGACCGCACAUGUCGAUCUUGCACCCACGAUCCUGGACAUGGCCGGCAUGUCGCAGCGCGCAGAGUUCGACGGAAGACCGAUUCCGCACACGGCAGCGGAUAUAGACAGCAGAGAGAGCUCUGACCAGGACGAAUACACCAACGUUGAGUUCUGGGAAGGCGCGUCCUACAAAUGGAACAACCGCACGGGUAAAUACGUAAACUCGUACAAAUCGCUCCGCCUCGCCGGCAAAGGCUACUCCCUAAUGUACGCAGUCCACUGCCGCAACAACUCUCACGAACUCUACGACAUGCUCACCGACCCGGUGCAGAUGCACAACCUACACCCCUCCGCGCCCUCCACGCCGCCGCACAAGAACGCCUACGAUUCCGGCACCACGCAGCUCGCAGGCUACGAAAUCCCCGCGCUGCUGAACCGCACCGACGCGCUGCUGCUGGUGCUGAAGUCGUGCAGCGGGAACGCGUGCACGAAGCCGUGGCAGCAGCUGCACAAGGACGGCGCGGUGAAGAAUCUGAAAGAUGCGAUGGAUGCACGGUGGGAUGGGAAGUACGCGGAGCUGCCACGGGUGCGAUUCGAUGAGUGCUUUGAUAAUGGGAAGAUUGAUGUUGCGGCGGAGGGGCCGCAGUGGAGGGGCGAUGGGCGGGUUGUGGAUCCGGGGCUGCAGGGGGCGGGGGUGGGGAAUGGGACGGUGGAUGGGGAGGCAUUUGAGUACCCCGGGGAGGAGGGGUAUUGGGAUGAUUGGGAGUAG